AUGAGAUUCAUACUUUUUUCCCUGUUAAACUUCUGCUUUCUCGGAGUCGACUCAGAAUCAAUCGAAAAAGCAAGAAUAAGAAGAAUGCUUGAAGACAGAUUGAGACCACGAAGAAGAGAAUCGACUUAUCAACGAUCGUCCGAGAUUCUCCAUCGUUCUCCUCGUAAAAUGGACAAGAGAAUUCGGCCAUUCGAAGAUAUCGCACCUUUGAAUGUAUCUAUCAACCUUUUCAUAUCCUCUUUCGACUCUAUCGCCGAAACAACGAUGGACUUUGGGCUCACAUUUAUCAUGAGGCUUCGCUGGCAGGAUCCGCGGAUGAUGUUCCCCGACAUUACCAACGAGAAGACUUACAACAACCGGACAAUCUUGACCAUGGACUUGAAAUUUCUGGACGAGCUCUGGGUUCCUGACGUCUUCUUCGCGAAUGAAAAGUCAGCGAAUGUGCACCAGAUAACAUCGGAUAAUAAACGGCUUCGCAUUGACUCGGCGGGCUACAUUUAUCUAGAGAUGCGUUUAUCAGCCACUUUAUCUUGCCAUAUGCGAUUCGAGCAUUUCCCGAUGGACGUUCAGGUCUGUGCGAUCGAGAUCGAGUCUUUUGCAUACGAUACAGCUGACGUCAAUUUCGACUGGGACUCCACUCCCGGAGGAGUCGAACUUGCACGUUCAAUCGAAUUGCCCCAAUUCAAAUUACAAGGCCAUGUUCUUGGUAAAUGCGACAGUCCACGAGGAAAUUUCACGUGUAUAGAAGGAAAAUUUAUUCUUUCUCGUCAGAUGGGCUACUAUCUUAUCCAGGCUUAUGUGCCAACGACGCUGAUCGUGAUGCUGAGCUGGAUUAGCUUUUGGAUUUCGAUCAAUGCGACUCCCGCACGUGUCUCGGGCCGUGGUUGCUCAGAUUCCAAAGCCAUAAAUUACCAUUUCUCGGGCAGAAAUUAUGGCCUCCAUGACCGUGAUAACGUGUCAAUUUAUUCGCGAAACUGA